CUACUGCUAGGGUUUUUGUGUUCUGUGCUCCAUCAUCUUCAACCUCUCUCUCUCUCCCUCGUUCGCCUCAGCCAUGGCGAAGAACAGGAACAAGAAGAAGCGGAACGCCGCCGCCGCAAUGGACGUCGCCGAGCAAACCGUCUUCGACGGCCCCCAAGCAAUGGACACUUCAGAGUCUGGAGCUAAAAGUUCAGCUGCAGGCGCUGCGAAUAGAAAUAUCAGGAAGGGAAGACCAAUGAAAAGAACGAAGAAUGUCAGGAAGAUGAAGGCGAUGGCAAAGGCCGUAUCAAAGAAUGAGCAGACUGUGGAGAAAGCUUCGAAGAAUGAUAGCAAAACCGUGAGAACCCAAUCUGCAAAAACGCUCUAUGACUAACGUAGCACAAUCUUUGGUCCGCACUCUUUUUUUGAUGAGGAGGGAGUAGAAUCAUCAUAGGAGUUUCACUUUCUUAGUUCUAGCAUGUGCAUUUUACAUAUAAAUUACUCUUUUGUCCAGAUAAGUUGGAAGUUGUAAUUAUCGGCACCUUCAUCUUUAUUUGGCAACACCUUUUGUACUGAAAUGUUCGUGGUCUAUAUAGGGCUUCAGAGAGUUUGAUUGUAUCAUGUGUCGGACUAUGUAUGUUCUGCAAAUAUUUCUUUUGUCAAAUGAAAGAAACUAUAUCCUAGAGAUUUAAACCUGGA